UUAAAAAACAUUGCCCUUUUGCGCGGUUUAUCAAGAAUUGAUCGUGCCAUUUGGCAAAAAGUGGAUAUGACCUAAUCAGUUUCCACGAGGAAUGAAGUACAGUCUAGUCUUUUACCGAAAAAAAGUACACUCUAGCAUCUAUCCCAAUUCCCACCUCCUCGCUCCCUCCCCGCGAAGGAGAAUUAGAACCUCCCUCCCUCCCUCCCUCUCUCCCCGAAUCGGUUUGUUCGAAUUAAUUACGAACUUCUAUUAGAGUGAUUUCAGGUUUGUUUGCUCACUCAAUUGGCUCUAGACGUGGAGCCCUGCAUACUGAAUUUCUUGUCCUCCGAGAUGAAGGGCUUCUCAAAUUUCUUUUGAUAGCAGACUCAUAAGAAUCAUGGCCAUGGCUCUUGUUCAAUUGACAAACCUGUCUGCUGCAGUUGCUGGCCAAUGCCAUGGCCAACUUAGAGGAUCUGGAAGGAAUCCUUCCAAAAUGUUAUUCCAUGUGCCAUUUCCCAGCCUUUUGCUACGAGGUUUUUCAGGAUUGCGAGCUUCUAAUGCUUUGGAUUCUAUGCUGAGGUCCCAUUGCAAUUUUCAUUCCAUGGUGACAGCUGCAAUCUCUGUUCCAAGAGGAAAGGCCAGCCGGGGAGUAGCAGUAGCUAUGUUUGAGCGCUUCACAGAAAAAGCUAUUAAAGUUAUUAUGCUUGCCCAAGAGGAGGCAAGACGGCUUGGACACAACUUUGUUGGCACAGAACAGAUUCUGUUAGGUCUUAUUGGUGAAGGCACUGGAAUUGCUGCAAAAGUUCUUAAGUCCAUGGGAAUUAAUCUGAAGGAUGCUCGUGUGGAAGUGGAGAAGAUCAUAGGGAGGGGCAGUGGAUUUGUUGCUGUGGAGAUACCAUUCACUCCUCGCGCAAAACGUGUUUUAGAACUCUCUCUAGAGGAAGCCCGCCAACUUGGUCAUAAUUAUAUUGGAUCCGAGCACUUGCUUCUGGGACUUCUUCACGAGGGUGAAGGUGUAGCAGCUCGCGUGCUUGAAAACCUAGGUGCUGAUUCAAAUAACAUUCGUACACAGGUUAUCCGAAUGGUGGGUGAGAGCACAGAAGCUGUUGGAGCUGGGGUUGGAGGAGGAAGCAGUGGCAAUAAGAUGCCGACACUCGAGGAGUAUGGCACUAACUUGACAAAACUGGCAGAAGAGGGCAAAGUGGAUCCUGUUGUUGGAAGGCAACAACAAAUAGAACGUGUGACUCAGAUUCUUGGUAGGCGGACAAAGAACAAUCCCUGCCUUAUUGGAGAACCUGGUGUUGGGAAAACUGCAAUUGCAGAAGGACUUGCUCAGCGGAUUGCAAGUGGUGAUGUUCCAGAAACAAUUGAGGGCAAGAAGGUAAUUACACUGGAUAUGGGACUUCUGGUUGCCGGUACAAAAUAUCGUGGAGAAUUUGAGGAGAGAUUGAAGAAGCUAAUGGAGGAAAUCAAACAAAGUGAUGAGAUAAUACUCUUUAUAGAUGAAGUUCACACUUUGAUAGGAGCAGGAGCAGCUGAGGGCGCAAUAGAUGCUGCAAACAUAUUGAAACCGGCUCUCGCAAGAGGAGAACUGCAGUGUAUUGGUGCUACUACAUUAGAUGAAUACAGGAAGCACAUUGAGAAAGAUCCUGCAUUGGAAAGACGAUUUCAACCUGUAAAAGUUCCUGAACCUAGUGUUGAUGAGACCAUACAAAUUUUGAAGGGGCUUCGAGAAAGAUAUGAGAUUCACCACAAGCUACGUUAUACAGAUGAAGCCCUAGUAGCUGCUGCACAGCUUUCAUAUCAGUACAUCAGUGAUCGCUUCCUUCCUGAUAAAGCAAUUGAUUUGAUUGAUGAGGCUGGUUCUCGAGUUAGGCUUCGUCAUGCGCAGCUCCCUGAAGAAGCCAGAGAACUUGAAAAGGAUCUGAGGCAGAUCACGGAGGAGAAGAAUGAAGCUGUGCGCAGCCAAGACUUCGAAAAGGCUGGGGAGUUGCAGGAUCGGGAAAUGGACCUCAAAACCCAAAUGGCAAACCUUAUAAACAAAAGCAAAGAGAGAAGCGAGGCAGAGAGCGAAGCAGGUGAGGAAGGCCCUGUUGUGACAGAAUCAGAUAUCCAGCAUAUUGUUUCUUCUUGGACGGGCAUCCCUGUUGAGAAAGUAUCUUGCGAUGAAUCAGAUCGCCUCCUCAAGAUGGAAGAAACACUUCACAAAAGGGUAAUAGGUCAGGAUGAAGCUAUAAAAGCCAUUAGCCGUGCCAUUCGUCGUGCCCGUGUUGGGCUCAAAAACCCCAACCGACCAAUUGCUAGCUUCAUUUUUUCUGGUCCAACUGGUGUAGGGAAAUCAGAACUGGCCAAGGCACUGGCUGCAUACUACUUUGGGUCUGAGGAAGCUAUGAUUCGGCUUGAUAUGAGUGAGUUCAUGGAGAGGCACACCGUCUCUAAGCUCAUUGGAUCACCCCCUGGCUAUGUUGGCUACACCGAAGGUGGUCAGUUGACUGAAGCGGUUCGUCGUCGGCCCUACACAGUGGUCCUUUUCGAUGAGAUAGAGAAGGCACACCCUGAUGUCUUUAACAUGAUGCUUCAGAUUCUUGAAGAUGGAAGGUUGACAGACAGCAAGGGCCGAACUGUGGAUUUCAAGAAUACCCUCCUGAUAAUGACUUCGAAUGUUGGAAGCAGUGUGAUUGAGAAGGGAGGUCGCCGUAUUGGUUUUGAUAUUGAUUAUGAUGAGAAGGACAACAGCUACAACCGGAUAAAGAGCUUGGUAACAGAGGAGCUGAAGCAAUACUUCAGGCCAGAAUUCCUGAAUCGAUUGGAUGAGACGAUUGUAUUCCGGCAGCUCACAAAACUGGAGGUGAAGGAAAUUGCCGACAUAAUGCUGAAGGAAGUGUUCGAUAGGCUAAAGGUUAAGGAUAUAGAGCUUCAGGUGACGGAGAGAUUCAAAGACAGGGUGGUUGAGGAAGGGUACAACCCAAGCUAUGGUGCAAGGCCGUUGAGAAGAGCGAUAAUGAGGCUUUUGGAGGAUAGCGUGGCUGAGAAGAUGCUAGCAGGAGAGAUCAAGGAGGGGGACUCUGUCAUCGUAGAUGUUGAUUCAGAUGGGAACGUGACUGUGCUCAAUGGUAGCCGUGGUAAUCCGGAGCCAUUGCCUGUGUAGUCAACUCUUCUCACAUCACGCCAACAAUGUGAAUACUUUUGCCAUGAAAAGGUUUUUAGUAGUUUUUUUCUUUAGUUCGAUAGUCUAGGUUUUCAUUGGUUAUGGACAUAUAGCUUCCUUGUUCUAAAGAGUUCUGAUGAUGGUUGAGUGCCGAUUAGUGGGUGGCUGGAUUGGGUUCCGAGGUUGUAUUAUUUAUAUACAUCAUGCUGUGCGUGCUAUUUUUUUAAGCAUUCGCGGGAGAUAUUCUUUUUAAUUAAAGCUUUUCAUUGUAAGAGAGACUACAUUAGAUGCUGAGAGUUUUCAGCUUGAUAUUUGCAUUUUAUACCUAGUAUCAAGGCUUUAUAAGCUAA